AUGGCCGGUUGGGGAUGGUCAGUUCCAUCACACUGCGAGGAGAUGAUUCAUGGCCGGUCGAGGAUGGUCACCUGCGGUGAGCACGAGUACCUCCUCCAUAUCCUCCCUAUACUAGCACACUUGGCGAUGAAAAUGACAGCCAGGAGAAUCCCUCCUUCACACCUCUUCUCCAUCUCUGUCAAAUUGUCCUCUCCAGCAAGCCCGAAGGCCAACCUUAAUACUGGACCUCGAGAGGAGCAUGUGGCCAACCAUGCCGGAGGACGCAGAGGAGUUGUUUGGGAAUGUUAUCAUCAGAGGACCCAAGAAGCAGCCCACCAUGGAUGCAUGGACCAACCACGGAAGUCUAUUCUUGCAAUCCAUCUGUGGCGAGGGUUCAUGACAUACAAGCCGAUAGAUUUGGGGGUCCACUUCCCGGUGAAACAAAUGUUCAUUGCAGACAAUACGAAGACGAUGAUUGGUACAUUGAGGCUGCAAGGUUGCACCUUGGAGCUCAAAAUUUGGUGUCUUCGCAUUGAAGGAUCCAAUCCAUCGACUUUGGAGUUUGAACAUGUCACUUGUGAUGGGGAGAGGAAGAGAUGA